GGAAGAGGCGGGCCCGCUGGAGAAAGAGGAGGAGCGUGAGGCGGCGGCACGCAUCGUUCCCAGAAGGCUGUGGGGGUCCCUCGCUUCCUUCGCGACUUUCCGAGCGAGCGCGUGAACCGCUCCCUGCAGGCUGGCCAUGGCGCUUCACGUUCCCAAGGCCCCGGGCUUUGCCCAGAUGCUCAAGGACGGAGCGAAACAUUUUUCAGGAUUAGAAGAGGCUGUGUAUAGAAACAUACAAGCUUGCAAGGAGCUUGCCCAAACCACUCGUACAGCAUAUGGACCAAAUGGUAAUUUCUAAAUUCAUGUUUUAAAAUAUACAGUAAUAGAAUUAUGUGUACUAGCUCGUCUUUCAAGUUUAUUCCAAGGAUAUUAUAUUUACAGUAUGGCUUUGAAAGUACAGCAUCCUGCUGCAAAAAUGAUUGUAAUGGCCUCUCACAUGCAAGAGCAAGAGGUUGGAGAUGGCACAAACUUUGUUCUGGUGUUUGCUGGAGCUCUUCUGGAAUUAGCUGAAGAACUUCUGAGAAUUGGCCUGUCAGUUUCAGAGGUCAUAGAAGGUUAUGAAAUAGCCUGCAGAAAAGCCCAUGAGAUUCUUCCUAAUUUAGUAUGUUGUUCUGCAAAAAACCUUCGAGAUGUUGAUGAAGUAUCAUCUCUACUUCAGACCUCCAUAAUGAGUAAACAGUAUGGUAACGAAACAUUUCUGGCCAGGCUUAUUGCUCAGGCAUGUGUAUCUAUUUUUCCUGAUUCCGGCCAUUUCAAUGUUGAUAACAUCAGAGUUUGUAAAAUUCUGGGCUCUGGUAUCCAUUCAUCUUCAGUAUUGCAUGGCAUGGUGUUUAAGAAGGAAACUGAAGGUGAUGUAACCUCUGUCAAAGAUGCAAAAAUAGCAGUGUACUCCUGCCCUUUUGAUGGCACAAUAACAGAAACUAAGGGAACGGUGUUGAUAAAGACUGCUGAAGAACUGAUGAAUUUUAGUAAGGGAGAAGAAAAUCUCAUGGAUGCACAAGUCAGAGCUAUUGCUGAUACUGGUGCAAAUGUUGUAGUAACAGGUGGCAAAGUGGCAGACAUGGCUCUUCAUUAUGCAAACAAAUACAAUAUCAUGUUGGUGAGGCUAAACUCAAAAUGGGAUCUCAGACGACUGUGCAAAACAGUUGGUGCUACAGCUCUUCCUAGAUUGACUCCCCCCGUCCUCGAAGAAAUGGGACAUUGCGAUAGUGUUUACCUCUCAGAAGUUGGAGAUACUCAGGUGGUGGUUUUUAAGCAUGAAAAGGAAGAUGGUGCCAUUUCCACCAUAGUACUUCGAGGCUCUACAGACAAUCUGAUGGAUGACAUAGAAAGGGCAGUAGAUGACGGCGUUAAUACUUUCAAAGUUCUCACAAGGGAUAAACGUCUUGUGCCCGGAGGUGGAGCAACAGAAAUUGAAUUAGCCAAACAGAUCACAUCAUAUGGAGAGACAUGUCCUGGACUGGAACAGUAUGCUAUUAAGAAGUUUGCCGAGGCAUUUGAAGUUAUUCCCCGGGCACUGGCAGAAAACUCUGGAGUUAAGGCCAACGAAGUAAUCUCUAAACUUUAUGCUGUACAUCAAGAAGGAAAUAAAAACGUUGGAUUAGAUAUUGAGGCUGAAGUCCCUGCUGUAAAGGACAUGUUGGAAGCUGGUAUUCUUGAUACGUACCUAGGAAAAUACUGGGCUAUCAAACUUGCUACUAAUGCUGCAGUCACUGUACUUAGAGUGGAUCAGAUCAUCAUGGCCAAACCAGCCGGUGGGCCCAAGCCUCCAAGUGGGAAGAAAGACUGGGAUGAUGACCAAAAAGAUUGAAUGGUUUAAUUUUUACUGUAGGUGAAGGCUAUAUUUGUAGUAGUACUCUAGGAAUUGCCUGAUGUUUUCUUAUUCUCCUUAAAUUAAGAAGUGUUUUGUGUUUUUAUCCUCAGCUGGAUGUUAUAAUAAACAUGUUACUGUCAAA